CUGAGCAUUUUGACUUUCUACAGUAACGUAUAACACCCAACGGCGCUUUCUCUGAGUGAAGUUGAGUGAACACGUUGAGAGCCCGCUCUCUGUGGGAUCCAUGUGGUUUUACCUGGACUCACAACACCAUUCUGUUUUUUGCGUCAACGCAGGACCGUCAACCAUCGUUGGCAAAAUAAACAGAUUUUGAUUGAGAAAGAUGUUAUGAUAGACAGUUUUAGAAAAGUGGUAACCAUUAGACGUUGAGUUGUUAGUACCUACUACGUCCGGAUGCACUGCAGUGGAGUUCCUCUCUAAACGGGAAUCUGCAGAGGAUUAAAGAAGGAUUAAUCACAGAAGUGCACGAUGUUGAGAAUACGGACCGUCCUAUGGACUUUAUCUGUGGCGCUGUCCGUUGUCGCUGGAGCAGAUUUUAAAGCGCAUAACUGCAGUGAGGUUAGACAAGCUUCUAUCGCAAAAGGCUUCAGCUUUGAAAAUGUUCCUCUGCAAGAAAUGUCAGGCGACCAUCUUCGUGUAUGUCCUCAAGGGAGCACCUGUUGCACCUCCGAAAUGGAGGACCAGUUUGGCCAACGGAGCAAGCUGGAGUUGGAGAACCUGGUCGAUGAAACUAGUCAUGAAUUACGAAGCACCUUUGUCUCCAGACAUAAAAAGUUUGACGAGUUCUUCCUGGAGUUGUUGGAGAACACGGAGAAGUCUUUGAACGAGAUGUUCGUGCGGACCUACGGAAAGCCGUACAUGCAGAACUCGGAGGUGUUCCAGAACCUGUUUGCCGAGCUGAAACGCUACUACACGGGAGGCAACGUGAACCUGGAGGAGAUGCUCAACGACUUCUGGUCGCGGCUGCUGGAGCGCAUGUUCACGCUGCUCAACUCCCAGUAUGUCAUCACUGAGGACUAUCUGGAGUGCAUCAGUAAGUACACGGACCAGCUCAAGCCCUUUGGAGACGUACCCAAGAAGCUCAAGGCUCAGGUUACCAGGGCUUUCAUCGUGGCACGCACUUUCGUCCAGGGCCUCUCGGUCGGUAGAGAGGUGGCCAGCAGGGUGUCCAAGGUGAGCAGCACCCCAGCGUGUAUCCGAGCACUGACCAAGAUGAUGUACUGCCCAUACUGCCAAGCCAUGCCCUCCGUGAAGCCCUGCAACAACUAUUGUCUGAACGUCAUGAAGGGCUGCCUCGCCAACCAGGCCGAUCUGGACCCAGAGUGGAACCAGUACAUCGAUGCCAUGUUGCUGGUGGCACAGAGGUUGGAGGGACCCUUCAACAUCGAGUCUGUCAUGGAGCCCAUUGAUGUGAAGAUUUCAGAGGCCAUCAUGAAUAUGCAAGAUAACAGCGUCCAGCUCUCCUACAAGGUUUUUCAAGGCUGCGGCCAGCCAAAGCCCUCAGGAAUGGGUGGCAGGUCUACCCGGGGCGUUUCGGAUGUGUUCAACGCCCGUUUCAGGCCCUACAGCCCAGAGGAGCGGCCCACCACUGCAGCUGGCACCAGCCUGGACAGACUGAGGAUUGUCUGGAGUGCGAUGCAACACAGUGUGAUUGACAUCAAGGAGAAACUGAAGUUGUUCAAGAAGUUCUGGUCCAACCUGCCUGAGGACAUCUGCACGCCACACAGGGUGACAGCAGGGAAUGCCACCGAUGAUGACCAGUGUUGGAAUGGGCACACCAAGGGCAGGUAUUUCCCAGAGGUUCUGAAAGACGGAUUGACCAAUCAGGUGAAUAACCCUGAGGUGGGCGUGGACAUCACCAGGCCGGACACGUUCAUUCGCCAGCAGAUCAUGGCUCUGAGAGUGAUGACAAACAAGUUAAAAAAUGCCUACAAUGGCAAUGAUAUCUACUUUCAAGACUCAAGCGACGAGGGCAGUGGCUCGGGCAGUGGCAGCGGCUGCACGGAGGCCUGCGUCACUGAGUUUGACUUUGCCAGCACCGAGGCACCGGUGGUGGGAGCGGACCGGAGCGGGAGCGGCCCAAUGGAGGACUCAGCAGCAGCCACACACCCUGCCCCCUCAGCAGCCCUGCUGGCCAGCCUGGCCCUUUCAGCCCUGGCACUGCACAGACUAUGGAGAUAAUGCUGGGGGAACUCACCCAACGUGGACAGUAGGAUCUCUCUCUACGCUGUGUUUUUCUACCCAAACAGACUGGAGCUACAGUCAAGCAGACAGUAUUCAGGCAGCCUUGGCCUUUCGGAUAGAUAGAGGAGGUCUACUCUGCUCUGGAGACAGCAGUCAUACAUCCUGGUUCCACUUUCCUCCUCCCAAAGAGUGUCUGGUUGUUGAUUCCAUCCUUAGACAGGGCUUCACAUGACUGCCGUCACUCCAAGAUAGAAACAGAUGAUCUCCUGUUAAACAUUGUUCAAUAAUUAAUUUUGUCACAAGGCAGAUGUUAUUAGGUCUCCAUGAGAAAAAGCCCUUGCACUUUUGGUCCUAUUUAAUAAAAUAAAAAAAUCCAAUGCUAUAGAAGGUUAUUAUGUUUUAUCACUGUGAGUAUGUGGAGAGGUUACACCUAGAGGUGACCAGGAGUCCCAGCUAAAACACGUUUACUAUGGUUUACUGUUAUACCACAUUAUACUAUGAGGUGAUCUCAGUUGACAGAUCUUUUACUUGUUGACAUGUUAGAAGUGCAUUUCUUCAUUCAAAUAACAAACCUCAGACGACCCCAAAAUCAUAUAAAAAAUAGAAACAGUACGGCUGUCACAAUAAUUGUUGGUUUUCUACCUGGUUUCCUCUGCUUUAAAUAUUAUUGAUUACAUCUACAUUGACAGUAAAUGAUACCAAUGAAACAUGUUUGUUGUUAAUGUUAAUCAGGUAAAGUGAGAUUCUAUUACCAGUGUUGGGGAAGCUACUCUGAAAAUAUAGUUUACCAAGCUAUCAAUUACUUCAAACUGCAAGAAGUUAAGCUACACAAAAGCUACCCUAAUAAUGUUAACGCUAAUAAUACUAUAUAUAUAUAUAUAUAUAUAUAUUAGUUAACUAAAGUUACUUUUUUUAAAGUAUUUCACUACAUCCAAAACGACUUCAAAAAUGAAUGAUCAUAUGCAAAUCUGAAAUAUCAUAGACUACAAAUUGCAUCUUUGGGAUAAAAUGUUAACGGAAUGUGUCAUUUUGUCUAUUAAACACAAACACAAUGUUCCAAGUGAGAAUUAGUCAGGUCUGAUGCCGAAAAAGAAAAAGAAAGGAAAUUAUUUCCUACCCGUAUCUUGCAAAAAGGGUAAUGUGUAGUUCCAGUAGUUAGCUACAUGGUAAAACAGUAGCGUGUAGUUCCAGUAGUUAGCUACAUUGCUACAUGGUAAAACAGUAGCGUGUAGUUCCAGUAGUUAGCUACAUGGUAAAACAGUAGUGUGUAGUUCCAGUAGUUAGCUACAUUGCUACAUGGUAAAACAGUAGCGUGUAGUUCCAGUAGUUAGCUACACCGCUACAUGGCUAACAAGUCAUUAACUACUGAAAACACUACCAAGAUUAGAAGUUAGUUCAACUACCACCAAGCUACUGCAAAAUGUAGUUCAAUUACUAGGUGAACUACAUGUACUUCACUACUCCCCAACACUGUGUAUUGCUCAUAUCUGAUAUGAGUUUUUACCAUGUACUGCGUUCAAUUCUUUUGAGUGCAAAUGUUAUCAUAUCACAAAGAACCUCAUCAGAAAUAUUGCUUUAUGUUCUAUGGUGAUAUCCACUAUGUAUUUUCUAAUCAUUGAAAAGAGUAAGAGGAUGGUCAAACGUGCAAACUAUCGGCCUGCAUUUAUUGGUGGGAGGUUAUUGAAGGCUUACAUUCAUUUAGUCCCUUUUAAGUGUCCCUUUUUUUUAAUAUCCUCCGAUAUGAACCUUUACCUGAUAACUCAGGAUUGAUAUGUUUUUAAUUAUGUUUUUAAUGUUAAUUCAACUUUAACUGCACAUGCUUAACUUCAUAAGAAUACUGCAUGUUCAUCUGCCUUGCAGAGGGUUGUCAUUGCCAACAAUGUGAUGUCUUGAACUACCCAUCUGUCAUUAUAAAGGCAAAUUUAGAUACAGGAAGAUACCUUGUUCUAACAAUUCUAGCAAGCCCUUCUCGUGUACAGUACACAUAACAUUGAUUCAAAAAAGACUGUCUGCAUUCAUUCAUUCAUUACUAAAAACAAUAAAUAAUGACUGAGGAUCAACAAGAUGACGUGCCAAAUUGUAGUUAUGUUAAAAGCACAUUGAAGGCUAAAAAUGCAGAAGACGAAAAAGGCCCCUGCAUUUAUCUCUGGCGCCUGAGGGGUUCUAUCUGCGGUGACAGGCUCAAUGCCGACCACAGACACCUGUGAAAUUAGAAUUAUAGGAGGUAGAGAGUGUCUGGACAGGGUUGAAUGCUCCAGUGAGGAUAGGCAGUAGAGCAUGCCUACAGAGACUAGGAAGAGGAUCGGUAUUACUGAAAGGAGAGUUCUGUAUCCCCCCCCCCCCCCCCCUUCAAACGCUAGCCAACAAAACCAGUCUGUGUUCGGUGUUCUCAGAGGGCCAGCCGGUCAACUCAGUAAACCACAAAAGGCCAGCUAAGCUUACAUUACAAGGGAGUUAGGAUUAUAUUAAAAUCCUUCAGCUUUUAUCAUGGUCUCUUAAUGGACUCAGUGCAGCAUAUAAAUUGUGUGAGCUUGCUUCGUUGCCUCUUGAUAAACCAGUAUUAGUGUUCAUCUUGUAUGAAUGUAAGGCAAAAUUAUGAUGUGCAAAAUUAUGGAGAACAAAACAUUUUGUCCCUUUGUCAAUGUGUCCUUAAAAUAAGAUUCUUUAAUAUGAAUAAUUAUCUUGCAGGAUGAUGUUUUUUAUUUUGUGUAUCAUUGCACUUUUAAUGGUAAUAUAUUUGCAAUAUUUUGUCUUGAAAAUUGAUGUUUAUGGAUCAGCAAAUUAAUGUCAAACAAAUGUUUCAGAAACAUUAUUCAUCAACAUUUCAUACAGUCAAAUGCAUUCUAUUGUAACAAAAAGAAGAUCAUGAUGAUAUCUGUUGCUUAGAAUUGGAAAACCGAUUCAAGCCAAUAAGGUUGAUGAUCUAGUUAACAUAAAGACCGUACAAACAAAAAUGCCUUACAGUUUUUUAAUGCAAUUAAAAUGGUUGCAUCUGUGUUUUGUUACUCUUUCUUGCAAAUAAAUAUUUAUUAAAAAGAUUGUAACAGCAA